GUUUUGGUUUGGUUAUUGGUCAUUUUAAUAAAUAAAUAACAAUGAACAUAAUAUUAUUAUGAUUUCAAUAUGAAUAUUUUAUAUAUCUAUAAGUGAUUGCAAUUAUAGAGUGGUUUCAAUAUGAAACGCUCCAGUUUAUGUGGGCAGCACAACAUAAUAUCACAGGUGCACAUAGCUGAUGGCUUCUACGACGACUGCGACGAGCUCGUCUCCAGAUGCACCAAGCUCCAAACACUUGACUUUCAGUCAUUCUGUAGUAUAUGGAAAGAGAUGAACUUUGGCUACAUAUACCAAGGAAGGUCAUCAGGUCCUGAAAUAGCUGAACUUUCGGAAGAGCUCAUACAUAUCGUUAAAUAUUAUUUGGUGAGAAACACCAGCAACUUCGAGGAGUCUGUAGCUGGGUUAUUUAUUGCGUAUGGUCUACUAUCACUACAACCUUAUGCUGAUUUUGCCUGGAUGCGAAUUAUCCCUGAUGAUGUACCAGCUUUAAGAAGAAUAGAGUUGGUAGCGAGAAGGGAGAAAAGACAAGAUGUGCUAUUUAUAUUAGGCGAUGUUUUGAUCAAUCACUGUCAGUACCAUGCAUCUGAAAGAGAAAGAGGCCUAGAGAAAUCAUACAGAAAGCAUAUUGAAGGUUGUACGGGUAUCGACAAGCUGGGGGUACGUCCGAAGGGCGUCUUCUAUCGUCAGAACGAGGAGCUAGAUGUCAUACGGGAGCUGGGCACGCUCACUCGACAGUAUGUGCGCGCGAAGAACUUUGUUGUUGGUUCCGUUUCGAGUCCAAGUCUGAACUACAUCGAUGAGGGCAUGUCGGACGAACUGGAUACUUCGCUCAAGAAAAUCAUCAACGGAAUGACCGAGGACAUGAAAGACAGUGACGAUGAUGAUGAUUCAGAGCUCGAGCACUACGACGCGGUGCAAGCGAUCAAGCGCAGGGCGAUGGGCAAGAUAGUCGACCCAAUCAAACAUCUCACCUCCGUGCAGGACCGGAAAGUUAAAAAGGCGAGCACGUCCCGAAGCGACUUAAAAUCGCCCAAAGGUAAAAUAAAAGGGGGAAGCCCGAAAAAACCGAUUCCGGGGUCGACCGCCGCAAGAGUGGAAUUGACGGAGCUGAUGGGGAAAAGGAAAAGGCCGAUAAGCCCCAGCCCGCCGAGCAAACGCAGAAUAGCCGAGAGAACCCUCUGUGAAGCAAUAGCUAACCUAGACACGGAUAGCGAUACUGAACUCAAUAUGCAGGAGUUCAGCCGAGUGGGAACAGACAACUCGCCCGUUAAGAAGAAUAAUACCUCGCCUGUUCCCGACACAGAAGAAGUAGACAUACAGACCGUACACGACUUAGACAUCGAACUGAAUUCACUCCCAAUCAUAAUCACAACGGGGGAGCCCGGCGAGUCUAUUGAGAUAGAAAUAUUCGACGAAUACAUGGGAAACAACGAGGAAACUAACGCGUCCACCGCAAACCCGUCUACGUCUGAUAAUACAGAUACUAGCCCCAGUGGAAACAGAAAGAUCAUCAAAAAGAAGGCAGCUUUAUCACAAAAGUUAAAGCCGACGGAAACCCGUAACUUGAAACGACACGCGUUGAAAUCGAAAUUCAAAAAGAUGGGAAUAUUGCCAGCUGCAAACUUCGAAGAAAACACUAACGAAUAGUGCCAAUUUAAAAAUUUAGACCUAUCGCAACCUGUCACUUUUACUCGCGAACGAAAAAAUGGUCUGCCCUUAUCACCCUUACGGGGGAUUAUCAUUUAUAUUGGAUCCUAGAUCAUUGAGUCAUUUAUAUUGGGUAAUGUAAUAUAGAUAAAUGAUUCAUUUCCUCCUAAAGGAAAUGAAUCAUGAUAAAUCAUAGAUUUUUGACAUUUACUGAGAGGUUGGAUCCAAUAUGGUCAUAGAAAAAGGUGUUGCCAGUUAUUUAAUAUAAAUAAGAGUUUUUAAUUUCUUGUUCG